AUGCGGACGCAAUCGGUGCUCCGCAGCCCCAGCGCUCCCCCGCACACAUCUGCUGCAUCUGGCUCCCACAGGCCCCGAGCCCCUCACCUGCAGCAGGAUCAGCCCAGCGCCGCCAUCUUGGACUUCACCCGACGUCACCGGCCUCCCGGGCACAGAGCGCAGGCGCCAGAGGCAAUGCCGGAUGUGAACAGUGGCAGGAUUGAACUUGCGGUGACCCAGACCCCGAGGAGCAACGAGAUAACCCGUCAGAAGUCCAGCCAAUUCCGGGGGCCGAGAAUGCAGUCGGAGCCUGAGCAAUCCUCCGAACUGCGGCCGGAACCCAAGAAGGGCCACAGCUCAGUGAAUGAACCAGCCACGCGUGUGGGAACAGGUGUGCGGACCGAGUUCGGCCCCGCGGCCUCGGUGAAAAAGGAUGAAGAUCCUGCAGCCAGAUUGUUCCCGUCUCCGCUGCCCCAGCCCCGGAUCUGCAUGUGGAAGUACCUUGACAUCCAUUCUAUGCACAGCCUGGAGAAGACGGCCAACGUUGAGGAGAUGAGGGAGGUGCUGGCCAAGAUUUUGGGGCUAAGCUUUCCUGAGCAGAGCCUGCAGGAUGCCAUCACCCUGGAUCUCUUCUCCCAUGCACUCAUCUUCUGCCGCCAGCAGGGCUUCUCACUGGAGCAGACAUCAACAGCUUGUGCCCUGCUCCAAGAUCUUCACAAGGCCUGUAUUGCAACCCCCUUGGGCAAUGUGGAGGAAUGUUACCGCUACUUCACCAGUGCUCUUUUUUGCCAUGGAGUCAGGCGGCCCCCUUUCAGUAUCAAUCUUUUUGAGGAGGAACAGCUGCUGGCCCUGGCUGAUUAUGUGGUCAACACCUAUUUCCGCCACUUCAAGCUCUACAAAUACGUCUUUACACCCCAGGUGCGGCUGGAUCUCUCUUUGACUUAUGUGGGGCUGCAGCCACCCAAGCCCUGGCCAGAGGAUGAGACAGAGAAAGAAGGCGGCAAGGAGGUGGAGGAGCAGUCAGUCACCCUACAGGAGGAGGAACCAGAAAAGGUGGUCGAGCCACAGCGAGAGCCAAGCCAUGUCUCCAUCCUUCAAGCCUACAUCAAGACACAGCUGAACAGGGAGCUGGAGCAGCUCCAACAGCUGGUGGAGGAGCGCCUCAAGGCCAGUGAGGAAAGGCUCAACAUCAGGUUGACUGCAUUAGAGCGGCCCUUCCAACUAACUCCAGGCAAAAACAAGAAUAAGACCAAGUGACCCCCUGUGUUUUCCCCAAUAAAGGCCUGGGCCACAGUGCCCCCAUCUGU